AAUAAACUUGCUAGCCUAUUUUUUGUAAUGUUUCAACAUUAUGAAAAGUCACACAGUGGUUUAUUUUCUCAUUACGACCAUCGUCGUUUACGGAAAAUAUCGGAAACCGAUAAUAAAAUAUCCGCAGGACACAGUUUUCUGGGCAACAGACUUUUUUGUCAAGGGAUGUAGGAACUUUUUAGAUAAUUGCCCUUCUGCCUAUAAAGCUCAAGAAAUAUGUGCGAGAAGUUAUGGAGGGGACUAUAGAGACUUUUCCAAUUAUUGUCAAAUGCAGUAUGAGAAUUGUAACACGUGGCGCAAAUGGCGGGUAUUUAAAAGGGAGCGGUGUUGAAUAAAAAUAAGAAUCCCAAUAACCAAAUUCGUUUUUGUAUGGGAUCCUCACGUAUUGAAGCCAUAUUUAGAGUUUCAUUUUUCGUCCGUAUAUUUGUUUAAGAUGUUUACGUAAUUCAUAAACAGUUUUGUUGCCGGAAAUUAACCAAUUUAUUUCAUAGAAUUUAAAUACUUUUAACGAUGUAUUUGU